CAAUGGGUAGCUCUGGAAUUACAAGCCUCAUAAAUCUGCUUAUUACUAAUAUCGACGUGCUUGCUUGGCCUGUGGUUUCUCUGGUGUAUCCUCUGUAUGCGUCGAUUAGGGAAAUUGAGAUGAAGACGGGAGAUGAUGUUCAGCAAUGGCUAACUUAUUGGGUUCUUUACUCUAUGAUCAGUUUUUUGGAGGACACUUUUGUCACACUUGUUGAAUGGUUGACGUUUUGGCCAUAUGCAAAGCUAAUGUUGAGCUGCUGGUUGGUGUACUGCAAUGGAGCUGCCUAUGUCUACCAACACUAUGUAAGGCCUUGCGUUGUUAUAAUUCCUCCUCCUCCUCCUCCUCCUCCGGAGCCAGUUCAGGUCUCGAAAAUCCCAAGAAGGAAACGCGGUUCCAGCAAGCUCGCCUAUUUCACUCAAAAUGGAUUGGAAAAGAUGAUGCAUAAGGAAAAGCUGAGGAAAGCACCAAGAUGAUUACAUGCACUGAUCUAUGGUAGGAGAGGAGGACUCUGAUGUAGCUGCUCACUUGUUCAUACUAAUU